AUGAGUAAUUCAGGUAGAGGCCCAGCGAAGCGGAAGGUAAAGCCUGUCGAACCUCAAUCGUUAUUAGAUUUUGAUUUAGGCGAAGGUGAGAGCUCAGAUGAUUCAGAUUUCCGUAUUGAGGAUCAUCCGGAAGAAAGUGAUGAUUAUUCUAUCAACAGUGAUGAUGAUGACAAAAAAGAAGAUGAAAAGAGUGCUAGUUCAGAUGAUCAGUCAGGCUCAGAUAUUGAAAACAACUUCAAAAACUCUGCUAAUAAACUUGGGGACGAGAUGUGCGUUACGGACCUACUUCAAAAAGCCAAGCAAAAGGAAUUCAAGUUUCCAGGUGACUUAGCCAAUGUCUUAAUCUGCGCUGGUUGUUUAGGUUCUAGAAGUGAUGAUUUUAAUGAGAUUGUGGAGUGUGAUGGUUGCGGUGUUACUGUACAUGAAGGUUGCUAUGGAGUUUCUGAUGUGACAAGUGAGUCUAGUACAAUUAGUUCAGCUUCGACUGAACCAUGGUUUUGUGAAGCUUGCAAAGCUGGAGUUAAGGAUCCUAACUGUGAAUUGUGUCCUAACAAAGGUGGUAUCUUUAAGGAAACGGAAGUAGGUGCUUGGGUGCAUCUUGUAUGUGCUCUUUAUGUUCCUGGGGUGGCUUUUUCUGAGGUGGAGCGUCUUUCUGGUGUGACUUUGUUUGAGAUGGCAUACUCGCGUUGGGGCGCGCGGUCGUGCGCUUUGUGCGAGGAUGCGACAUUAGCACGCACUGGUGUUUGUGUGGGAUGUGAUGCAGGACUAUGCAAAACAUUUUUCCAUGUUACUUGUGGACAACGUGAAGGUUUAUUAGCUGAAGCACAUUCUGAGGAGGUGGAACAAGCCGACCCGUUUUAUGCCCACUGUCGGCUACACUCCGACAAAACGCUAGUUAAAAAACGCAAGAGGAAUUGGCUCGCUUUGCAAAUUAGAACUGAAAAAAGAAAAUUGGAACUACAGAAUAAUCUCAGUACGGAAGAGAAAAUCAGGAUACAACGCAAAUUGAUCAAAUACCGAAGAAAAUAUUCACAGCAGAAAGAAAAUAGAAAUCCGCCAUGGGUUCCAACUCAAAAGAUGGCGCGGAUGCUCUACAGCAGCGCUUCUGCCAUGAGGAGAUUCCAAAAGAAAGCGGAAUGUAUGGGAAUAGAUACCCACGCACUUGAAUUUCAAGAUGCACAGAUGGCAGCACUAAAGGACGUAUCUCGCAGAUGGCAUGUACCACCGGCAUUUUCAGUUGAGUUUGUUGGGUACUAUUUAGAGAGAAACACUCGCGUGACGUCACUACGAAGAUCGCUUGAGCGACUUACAAAGGAGAAUGAGAAGUUACUUGGCGAAGAUGACAAGCUUCGAGCCGACUAUGAUGAGGCAUCAAAAGAAAAUACCGACGCUCUGGCAGAAUUGGCUUCUACGCGACUAGCAUUGCAGAAGAUCUACGAUGCUAUCAUUAUGAUUUCUCCUAAGAAGACUAUACCAUCUAUAAUGGAGGAAAAGCCCUUGUUACCUCCUGUAAUACCACGGUCGACGCCUAAAGUCACACCCCAGCAGUUACAGAAACGGUCAAUGUCUGUGCCCACCGCAGCUGCACUUAAGAUGGGCGUUGGUUUUCCUCUUAGCGACAAUCCGGACGCUCGCCAUGGAAAAGUUUUGUCAACUUCGCUUGAAGCCACGUGUGGCGCGCUGGCGGCAAGGGAGUGCGCGGCGUGCGGUCGCAGCAGCGAGCGCCACCUGAUGGCGGCGUGCGACACGUGUCAGCAGCACUACCACCUGCACUGCCUCAACCCGCCGCUGCAGCGUCCGCCCAAGAAGAGCAAGCAGUAUGGCUGCGAUGGCGGCGUGCGACACGUGCCAGCAGUACUACCACCUGUACUGCCUCAACCCGCCGCUGCAGCGCCCGCCCAAGAAAAGCAAGCAGUACGGCUGGUGAGUAGCGUGACGUCUCACGACAGCGAUGGCGGCGUGCGACACGUGCCAGCAGUACUACCACCUGCACUUCUUCAUCCCGCCGCUGCAGCGCCCGCCCAAGAAGAGCAAGCAGUACGGCUGGUGAGUAGCGUGACGUCACACAACAGCGAUGACGGCGUGCAACACGUGCCAGCAGUACUACCACCUGCACUGCUUCAUCCCGCCGCUGCAGCGCCCGCCCAAGAAGAGCAAGCAGUACGGCUGGUGAGUAGCGUGACGUCACAUGACAGCGAUGACGGCGUGCGACACGUGCCAGCAGUACUACCACCUGCACUGCCUCAACCCGCCGCCGCAGCGCCCGCCCAAGAGGAGCAAACAGUACGGCUGGUGAGUAGCGUGACGUCUCACGACAGCGAUGGCGGCGUCCGACAUGUGCCAGCAGUACUACCACCUGCACUGCCUCAACCCGCCGCUGCAGCGCCCGCCCAAGAAGAGCAAGCAGUACGGCUGGUGAGUAGCGUGACGUUUCACGACAGCGAUGGCGGCGUGCGACACGUGCCAGCAGUACUACCACCUGCACUACUUCAAGUCGCCGCUGCAGCGCCCGCCCAAGAAGAGCAAGCAGUACGGCUGCUGAGUAGCGUGACGUCACACGACAGCGAUGGUGGCGUGCGACACGUGCCAGCAGUACUACCACCUGCACUGCCUCAACCCGCCGCUGUAGCGCCCGCCUAA